CUAGAGAAACUUCAACCUCUUCAGGGAGAUAUAAAACCCACAGCCUUUUUGCCUGCCUUUCGACCGCCAUUCUCUCUUCUCUUCCACCUCUUUUUCCUCCAUGCCAAACACCUCUGAUUCAGCUCUGCUGCGUCAAUGGAGAAUCACCCAAAACCACUACCUCAUCCUCCUCUGCUUCUCUUGCUUUUGCCCAUGUUUCUUUCUGUCAACACCGCUUCUGCAGCUGAGUUCCUCUUCAAUGGCUUUGAUGCUUCCAAUAUUUCAGUCUAUGGUGUUGCCCGAUUUGAAUCCAGAAUCCUAACUCUCACCGGGAACACAAACUUCUCAAUCGGCAGAGCUCUGUAUCACUCAAAGAUCCCCACCAAGGAUCCGAAAUCGUCGCUGGUUCUUCCAUUUUCAACCUCCUUCAUCUUCUCCAUGGCUCCAUAUAGAGACAUCCUUCCUGGCCAUGGGAUUGUGUUCUUGUUUGUGCCUUACACAGGCAUUCAAUCAGCCAACUGGGCUCUGAACCUGGGCUUUCUCAACCGCACCAAUGAUGGGAAUUCCAGCAACCACGUUUUUGGGGUAGAGUUCGAUGUCUUUAAGAAUCAAGAAUUCAAUGAUAUGAAUGACAAUCAUGUGGGGAUUGAUCUUAACUCCUUGACUUCAGCUGAAGCCCAUGAUGCUGGCUACUACAGUGAUGGUGGUGGUGGUGGUGACGAUGAUGAUGAAAAGUCCUUCAAAGAGUUGAAGCUCAACAACGGGAAGAACUACCAAGUCUGGAUUGAUUAUGCUGAUUUUCACAUCAAUGUCACCAUGACAGUGGCAGGUAAGCCAAGGCCUAGAAGGCCUUUACUCAGUGUUCCGCUUGAUUUAUCUCAAGUUUUUGAGGAUGAGAUGUAUGUUGGCUUCACUGCCGCAACUGGAAGUUUGGUUGAAAGUCACAAGAUAUUAGGUUGGAGCUUUAGUAAUUCCAAUUUUUCACUGAGUGAAGCUUUGAUUACUACUGGUUUGCCAUCGUUUGAGCUGACUAAAAGCUCGAUUUUUCGGUCGAAAGGGUUCAUUGCAGGCAUCACAGCAGGGCUUUUCCUUGUUCUUGUUGCUUGUUCUGUUGUUGCUUCGCUUUGGGUUAGGAGGAGAAGGAUGAGGAGGGCUAGGGAGAGAGAGGAAAUGGAAGAGUGGGAAUUAGAGUUCUGGCCACAUAGAAUCACUUAUCAAGAAAUUGAUGCUGCAACAACUGGGUUUUCUGAUGAGAAUGUGAUUGGAAUUGGGGGGAAUGGGAGGGUUUACAAAGGGGUAUUGGCUGGAGGAGCCGAGGUCGCGGUGAAGCGAAUUUCUCACGGAAACGGUGAGGGGAUGAGAGAGUUCGUGGCUGAAAUCUCCAGCAUUGGCAGGCUGAAGCACAGGAAUUUGGUGGGCUUGAGAGGCUGGUGCAAGAAAGACAAAGGCAGCUUCAUUUUGUUGUAUGACUACAUGGAAAAUGGGAGCUUGGACAAGAGGGUUUUUGACUGUGAUGAGAGCAUGAUGCUAAGCUAUGAAGAUAGAAUAAGAAUUUUGAAAGAUGUGGCUAUGGGGGUGUUGUAUUUACAUGAGGGAUGGGAAGUCAAGGUCUUGCACAGGGACAUUAAGGCCAGCAAUGUCCUACUUGACAAGGAAAUGAAUGGGAGGCUGGGGGACUUUGGGCUCGCCCGGCUGGACAGCCACGGGCAAGUUCCUAGCACCACCCGGGUGGUGGGAACUGUCGGGUACUUGGCGCCAGAGGUGGUGAGGACAGGCCGGGCAUCGACACAAACAGAUGUGUUUGGCUUUGGGAUACUGAUCAUAGAGGUGAUGUGUGGGAAGAGGCCAAUUGAGGAGGGGAAGACACCUUUGGUUGAUUGGGUAUGGGAGUUGAUGGAAAGAGGGGAACUAGUCCUUGCCCUUGAUGAAAGAUUGAGAGCCAGAGGAGGGUUCAAUGAGGAGGAACUCGAAAGAGUGCUACAUUUAGGCUUGUUGUGCGCGCAUCCAGAGUCGCGAAGCAGGCCAACGAUGAGACAGGUAGUGAAGGUCUUGGAAGGAAAGAACGAGGCUGAGGAGGGGGAAAGUGAGGACAUGGAAGCCUACUUGCUUGAGAAGGUGAAAUCUAAGAAAAUGUGGUCUAGAUACCAACAGGGUCUUGGCAAUGGUUCCGGCCACCCAACAUUUGAGCAGAUUAGGCAGUCACUCUCAUCUUCCGUGUUCCUCUCUUGGUCUGAUGCUAUCGUGGAAGGCAGGUGAUUGUUCGUAAACAAAGUGAAGGAUGCAUGAUUUGGUUGACUCUUACCACUUUUGGAUGCACGAAUUUACCGGGUUUUUUGCACGAAUGAUCGAUAUGGAAUCCGAUCAUUUUGGAUAGAUAAGUGGCAAACAACAUUGAUCCACGAAAAGUUUAUAGUUCUAUGUAUGUUUUUGGCUUUGUUACUUUGUUUCAUUCAUUAUAUGUUCAUUCUUGUUCAAGUGGAUGGAUUCAUAAAUGGAGGCUGAUGUAAAUACAUAUUACGCAGAAUGUUUGAACUGAGAAAAUGGGGUUCUGAUUGCAAUGAACACUGUAAUUACUCAAA